AUUCGGGGCCUUCGUUUCGUCCGUUCGAUCCCCAGCGUCAGAGAUGAUAAGAUAAGGCUGUAAAAUGGAAGAGAUAGAGAGAGAAAGAGAGAGAGCAUCAAUGGAGGGAUUUGUGAGCAAGGGUUAUUCCUGUGCGGGAGUUCCAUGCUUCGAUGGUAAACAGUUUCCAAAAAUAUGUUGGCCAACUUCAUAUUUCAUGCGGAAACCGUUAUCCACUGCUAGUAUCGCAUGGUCAAAUGCAUUUUUGGAACCGCAAUCGGUGCUGAACAAGCACCAUGCGAAGGUUUAUGCAGUUAGGAGGAGAAGAGCAUAUAUGCAGUCCGAUACUUAUGUUCUUUUAGAACCAGGCAGAGGUGAAGAGUUUGUUUCGGAGGACGAACUCAGAAUUAGAUUGAAAGGCUGGUUGGAAAACUGGCCUGGAAAUGUGUUGCCUCCUGAUCUCGCGAGAUUCGGCACAAUCGAUGAUGCUGUUUCGCACCUUGUCAGGUCUGUAUGUGAGCUCGAGAUCGACGGUGAGGUUGGUUCGGUACAAUGGUACCAAGUUCAACUGGAAUGAGACGAUCUCUUCAACAUAUGCCAAUCAAUCUUAGUGUAAUGUCGACGUGAAUAAGUUUUUCUUAAUGCCCAUUUUUUUUGGUUUCUUUUUUUAAGAAAACUUCGAAGCUACAUUAAACUGUAACUAGUAACUAAGAGAUUCUUCUCUGCUUAUAUCUUCUUCGCUUGUACAGAGCUAGGUUUGCUGUUUUGUGAUUCUCAGUUCUAUGCAGGAAUACCAUCAAAUAAUCUACUCUUGAAUAUAUUCUUCUCUUUCAUAUUA